GUCUUUUAAAUGCGCUGUGCAGUAAAUAAUUGCGGAAAUAACAAUAGGCAUUCAAAUAAAAGUAAAUGGCGAUUCUUCCACUUUCCCAGGGAACCUACGCUGCUUAAAAAAUGGGUAGAUUUCUGCGAACGGGAUAACAUAAACCCGGAAACAGCCUGCAUUUGCAAUGAGCACUUUGUAGCCGAGGAUUUUGAGCGAAAUAUGCAGUAUGAGCUGGGCUUUACCCGGAAAAAUCCAACAAAACUCAGACCCGGCUCGUAUCCGACUUGUAAAGGACCUAGAAAGUUGUCAAAUAAAAUAACAAAAGGGUCUAUAAAUAAUUCCUUCCGAGUUAAGCAGGAUCCGAUUAAGAAUCCCUCAUCCCCCCAGCAUAUUAAACAUUCCCCAUUCCAAGAUGCUGUUGAAGAAGCUGUAGAAGAAUGUGAAAUUCUCUCGGAUUUAUUAGAGGACUUUGAACACAGCUCUAGAGAAUCUGGAGGAUCUUACAAUACUAAUGAUAAUAUGCAUCUGGAGGUACAGAAUAUUGAUCCCCACUAUACACAAACAAUGGUCAAUGAUGACGUGGAGACCAUUGCCUCAAAAGAUGACACUUAUGUGAAAUACUUGGAGGAGGAAGUGUAAGGAAUUAUAAAUUGGAAAUCAUAUUUUCUUUACUUUUAAGGCCUUCUUUUAAGAGUCUCCUUGAAGCGUGAAGUAGGUUUUCUUAAAGCCGAUCGAAAGAAACUGUUGGAUGAAAUCAAGAAUCAUCGGAACUCUCUCCAAACCUCACGGUUGCAAAGAAAUACUUAAUCAUUAGAAUCGUAUACCAUUUUUUUUUUUUUAAACAUA